UCUGCCAUUCAUUCAUUUUGCCCUUAGCUCCGUAGCCUUGUCCUUUGGCUGUCCGACUUCUCGAUUUUCUUUCUUUCGCUUUCCCCGUUAUUUGAUUUUCAAUUCAUCCUCUCUUAUUCUUUCUUCCAGAUACCUUCGAUUAACUAUUUUGUUGCCCAUCGGCGGAGCUGUUCACGAUGGGUACCCCCAUGCCCCAUUCUUCUCAUUCUCCCCCGGUCAGUGAGAGCCAUUACGGCCGUAGCACUCCGGGCAGUGAAAGCCAUUAUGAACAACACACGCCGUCUCGCCGCCUAUGAUUCGGACGGAGAGGAGCAGGAAGAGUCUUUACUGCACCGCGGACAGGCUGGCCCCUUUGACGGCCCAUUCGAUGACCCUACCUCAGACCCCCAACGUCGAUAUUCGUUGCGCGAUCCUGGCGGCGGUAGUAUUUUCCCUGGUGCUACGCUAGGCGCGGAAUCACAGAUUGAAAGACCAGUGUCCUCGGCGGGCUCGAUCAACUCGGACGCAUGGCAGAAACGACAAAAGCCCGCACCGGGCAUGUUGCGUCGUUACACCACAAGAAAGAUUAAAUUGGUGCAGGGCUCUGUAUUGAGUGUUGACUACCCCGUUCCCAGCGCCAUUCAGAAUGCAAUUCAGCCAGAGUAUCGUGAAGCCGAAGAAGGGUUCUCCGAGGAGUUUACACACAUGCGGUACACCGCCGCCACCUGUGACCCCGAUGAAUUCACCCUGCGCAACGGUUAUAACCUUCGUCCAGCCAUGUACAACCGGCACACUGAGCUGCUGAUUGCUAUUACAUACUACAACGAAGACAAGGUGUUGACGGCCCGAACUCUCCACGGUGUUAUGCAGAACAUCCGCGACAUUGUCAAUCUGAAAAAGUCAGAAUUCUGGAACAAAGGUGGCCCAGCCUGGCAGAAAAUUGCAGUUUGUUUGGUCUUUGACGGUAUUGAUCCAUGUGAUAAGAAUACACUGGAUCUGUUGGCGACUGUCGGAGUGUACCAAGAUGGCAUCAUGAAGAAGUCCGUCGAUGGGACUGAAACUGUUGCUCAUAUUUUCGAAUACACCACCCAACUCUCCGUCACACCAAACCAACAGCUCAUUCGGCCACACGAUGGCGAAACAACCAACUUACCACCAGUUCAAAUGAUGUUCUGUCUCAAACAGAAGAAUAGCAAAAAGAUCAACUCCCACCGUUGGUUGUUCAACGCUUUCUGCCGUAUUCUCAACCCUGAAGUCGUUAUUCUGCUCGACGCAGGAACCAAGCCCGGCAAGAAAUCUUUGCUGGCACUUUGGGAGGCAUUCUACAACGACCGAAACUUGGGUGGAGCUUGUGGUGAGAUCCACGCUAUGUUAGGAAAGGGCUGGCGAAACCUGGUCAAUCCUCUUGUGGCCGCACAGAAUUUCGAGUAUAAAAUUUCGAACAUUCUGGAUAAGCCAUUGGAAAGUUCUUUUGGAUACGUCAGUGUGCUUCCCGGUGCGUUCUCAGCUUAUCGGUACAGAGCCAUCAUGGGUCGUCCAUUGGAACAGUACUUCCACGGUGACCAUACAUUGUCGAAGAAACUCGGCAAAAAGGGUAUCGAGGGAAUGAAUAUCUUCAAGAAGAACAUGUUCUUGGCCGAGGACAGAAUUCUGUGCUUCGAACUGGUCGCCAAAGCCGGCUUCAAAUGGCAUUUAACCUAUGUGAAGGCGUCCAAGGGAGAGACUGAUGUGCCCGAGGGAACAGCUGAGUUCAUCAGUCAGCGACGACGAUGGUUGAACGGAUCAUUUGCGGCCACUCUAUAUUCGAUCAUGCAUUUCGGGCGUAUCUAUCGCAGCGGGCAUAACAUCAUUCGUUUGUUCUUUUUGCAUAUUCAGCUUCUUUACAACUCUUUCCAGCUUCUCAUGACUUGGUUUUCGCUUUCCUCCUACUGGUUGACCAGUUCGGUGAUUAUGGACUUGGUGGGGACUCCCGCCGAGUCUAAUCAAAACAAAGGAUGGCCAUUCGGCAACGAAGCAACGCCCAUUGUCAAUACUUUUGUUAAAUACGGAUACGUCUUCUUUUUGAUGUUGCAGUUCAUUCUAGCGCUGGGUAAUCGACCAAAGGGUGCCAAAUUCUUCUACACGCUGUCGUUCCUCUACUUCUCCCUCGUCCAGUUCUAUAUCCUCAUCCUGUCCUUUUACCUUGUGGUCGGGGCGUUCACCGGUGGUAUGAUGGAUUUCAACUUCAACCAAGGAUUUGGGUCCUUCGUUUCGUCCUUCUUCAGUUCCAGUGGUGGUGGUGUCGUUUUGAUCGCGUUGGUGUCUACCUACGGUAUCUACGUCGUUGCCAGUAUCCUCUACGCCGAUCCUUGGCACAUUCUCACCAGUUCCUGGGCCUACUUCUUGGGAAUGACCACUUCGAUCAACAUCCUGAUGGUUUACGCAUUCUGUAACUGGCACGACGUCUCCUGGGGAACUAAGGGAUCCGACAAAGCGGAAGCACUACCAGCAGCUGAAACGAAGAAGGAUGACGCUACGAGCAACUUCAUCGAGGAAUUUGAUAAGCCGCAGGCUGAUAUCGACAGCCAAUUCGAGUCGACAGUCAAGCGUGCAUUGGCGCCAUUCGUCGAGCCAGUGGAGAAUGAAUCAAAGAACCUGGACGAUUCGUACCGGAGCUUCCGUACGAACCUGGUCUUGCUUUGGAUUUUCAGCAACUUGCUCUUGACCCUGUUGAUCACCAGUGAGAAUGUCAAGAAGUUCUGUUUGACUAACACAUCCACUACCCGAACAUCGUAUUUCUUCGAGGUCAUUCUCUGGUCGACCGCCGCCUUGUCGCUGUUCCGAUUCAUCGGAGCGUUGUGGUUCCUGGGCAAAUCAGGAAUCCUGUGCUGUUUCUCGAGACGUUAAUGGAUUGAUUUAGUGCAUAGAUUAUAUACCAAAAUCGUUUUGUUGUUGGAAGUUUUGUUGGGAGCCAUGUAUGAAUCUUAGAAUAAUCGGAUGGAAAGCUUGAAUUCCAUAUUUUAUGUCUGAUUUUGCCAUUCAAUAAUGUUUAAUAGAGUGAGAUGCUCUGUAUGACGAUAGCUGAGUAGACGCUGUAUGUCUUGCUUUAUGCGUACCUUUUGUACAGUCUGGAGGGAGCAUGCUGCUCCAGCUUAAAAUGUGCGUCUUGAUUUUAUCGUGUUAAUCAUUUCCAAGUCCUGUAUCCCCGGAUCCUGUCGAUCUCUGAUCCACUAUGCUUAGCCUGCUUAGCAUUUUAGUGUGGCUUCUAUAUACCAUUUUGUCCGUCUUGCUCUUCUUUCCUAGUUUUCCCUCUUUCAGACUAUGGUUUACAUAUAUAGCAAAGGAGCCUAAGGUAGUUUCCAAGCAUUUAAUAGAACACUUAUUC